AUGGCUAUUGAUCGGUGUGUUUUAAUUUAUAAACCUUUAUUGUAUAACAAAUUCUCCAAAUCCCCUGAAUGGAUCCCUGUACUUGCUAUCGUCUUAAUUACCAACCUAAUGACUUUGCCCAUUGUGUUAGGCACUGAUCUUGUGAAGGUUUUCAAUCUUAACGCAUGUUGGUUCACUGAAAAUAAUGUUCCAUUGUUAUUCUAUAAAAGUUUAUUCUCUGACACCUGUUUUGCACAGCUUGCCCUAGUGACAAUAAUUGAUGUGUUCUUUGUAGUGAAAGUGAUUAAAUGGUCACGUGGUCGUCAUCAGUUAGCUGGUACACAAUCAUCGGAGAUGAAAAAUAUUUUAUCAACAAUUACUCUGCUUGUUUUACAUAUUACUGUAUUAUUGUUUGCAUUGCCCUAUGCAGUCUCUCUACUUCUCACAAACACAGUCGACAGUCAGAGAAGUAUUAUUCCGGUAGAAUUUGUUCGUGUAAUAUUACUGACUAUGAAUAUUGGAUGGAUUUUGAUAUUUCUUCAAUCCUCACUGAAUAUACUCUUGUAUACUGUACUCAUUCAAAAGUUUCGUCAAGUCUUAUUGAAAAAGUUUAACUGUUUUGUUUGCAAAUCGAUUGAUGCUUUUGAAAGUUCCGUUCGUAAUCAAGUCAAGACCUCAGAUACUCAAGGUAUAUAA